CAGUCUCGGACUCCCAGUUCCUCUUCCCCCACACAGUCCACUAGUGCUGCUCCAUGGAGACAGCCCAAGAAAGAGAGCUGCACGGGUGGCAGGCCUUGUGGCCUUUGGACACCAUGGCAUGCAGCUUGGACAACACCACCACCACAACCAGUGGCUUCCUCUUUGGAUGGGAUCCACAGCUCAGCUACUUCGGUCUAGGAGCAUGGGGAGUUGGCGCCGGCGAUCUUGAUACCCAUGAGCGUGAGCUUGAGCUCGUCGUCCCCAAAUGCAUGGAGUCCCCGGUGUCCGAGGCGUCGACGGUGGCGGUCACCGGGUUGCCGACACCGCAGGAUGCGAUGGCGAUGCCCGGGGAGUUGGACGAGCUACUCCAAAGCUUAUGGGACUCGGACGAGGAGAAAAAUGCUGUGGGCUUCACUUCCUGCAGCGGUCUGGAGGAGGCGAGUGCUAUCUCUUCCCAAUAUGAUGAUCAUUUCGCUCUGAACACAAUUCUGCCGACAUCCCCGGAGAAGGCUCUGACACAGCCACAAGCAGAGCCUCCCAGUUCCUCCUCAUCCCACUGCAACAUGGACCCAUGGGCCAGUGACACCGGUGUUGCCCCGGGCCAGACGACUUGCGGCAACAGCUCAUCCAAACGUUCGGCGCCGGAAGAGAAGGAGAAGGGAGGUGACGUAAGCUGCAAGAAGAGCAGGAAGGCGCCGUCCUCUACCGCCGGCAACGGUGCCGGGACAGUGGCGCACCCGUUCACCGUGGUGAAGCCCGGCGGCGCGGACGGCAGCGUGACGCUGGCCGACAUCAACCAGUGGAUCCUCACGCCGCCGGCCCGCCCAGUCCGGCACCCCGUGGGGGAGUUCGCGUGCGCCCCGCGCGUGUCGGCGGGCAACCGGCCGGCGCCGUCGGGCAAGACGGUGGCCGGCUUCACCAGGCUCCGCACCGCGGGGAGGGGCACGAUCACCAUCGUAAGGACAAAAGGCUGAACUGAUUGUACAAGCAAAACUGAUGUAAAUUAGUGGCUGAUUGUACUGUGAAAUACUUAGUAGAAGGGAAACUGAAGUCUGGUGACUCACCACUGGUGAGGAUGCAUGCUCGAAUCACGGUGCACGAGGAUGGAUUUGGAAACCAAGUGUUUGAGCAAAGAGGAUAGCUCAUGCCAUGCCAAGAAGAGCAAAGAAGAUUGUUGCCUUCUCGUCAUAUCUCCACCACAUAUUGGCAUUUUAGAAGGGCAUGAGCCACAUACAACUCUUUUACUAUAAUUAUCUGGCAUAUUUGGGGAAAUAGAAAUACCGUUAGGAAUGGGAAAAUAUUAUACAUCCGCAUCGAAUUGCUGAAAAAUCAAAAGCUUAC